CGCCGAGGUGGCGCCCCCCGCGCAUGCGCCUGAGCUUCCGGUCCGCGACCGGGCUGCUGGUCUCGGCCGCGGCCUGCGGCCUGCUGGCCGUGUACAGGUGUGCGUCGCGGGCAGGAGCCGAGCUGCGGGAGGCUGUGGCGGAGACUGCUGGGGGGCGCCCGGGCGACCUGGCAGCGGCUCCCCGGGAUGCGGAGGAGGCCAGCGCGCGGCCCGCCGCCCCGCGGGGCGCCGACGCCCCGCCGGGCGGCGCGGCCCUCGACGCCGCCGACCGGCCUGGCGCGGGCGCGUGGCGAGGAGCGGCGGUGCUGCCCCUGCCGGAGUUCCCCAGGGCGAAGAAGCCCCUCUUCUACCUCAAGCACCUCACGAAGGCUGGUGGCACGUUCGGGCAGUUCCUGGUGCAAACGGUCGUGGCACCGGACCGUUGGCGGGUCAACGCCGACGACGGGGAGCUGCGCCUGAACGAGAAGAAGAGCCACUUCAUCGCCAUAACGAUGCGCAAUCCUUGUGAUUUGUACGUGAGUUUUGGCAACUUCUGCCCUCACAAGGCGUUCAACUACGGUGGCCCGACUCGGGGUCCUGACCCAGUGAUGGGGAUUGGAGAUUUGCCUGACGAAGAUUUCGAGGCAUGGUUCCGCAAUUCCCAGCGCAUGGACGGCACCGGCUUCUACAGCUUCUACUUCUGGCCUGCUCCUCCCUGCCGCCGGCGAGCGCGAGGCAGAAGAUCAUCAACCCUCGCUGCAGCGACUGGCACAAGCGGCGCUCCAAGAACGAGCCGGACACCCUGGACGGCGCGAGCAACGGCCCCCACAGGUGCGACAACCUCACCCGGAUGAGCGAGGAGCUCGCCAGCUGGAGCCCCAAGCAGCUGGCGCCCUCGGUGAGGGCUUGCCGCCGAGGGCGCUCUCGCGUGCUGGGCCGGGAGCAGGAGAGCACUUCAGAGGACAAAAAGGAGUCCGAUACCGCUGCCUCGGGGCUUGCUCCAGGCGUCCCUGGCCCAGGGCUUCCCGGCUUCUCGCUCCCUUUUGAAGCCCCUGGGCCCCCCUGGGCCUCGCGAGGGGUGCCCUGGAGGCCGUCGGGCCCUCCCUCGAAGUCCCG